ACGUCACACCCAGCCUCCUGCAGAACAUUGAUAACAAUAGCAAGCUCUGCUAUUCUGCGUAUUGUUUUCUGUAUGCGGUAUCGGGAGGUUGGGUGCUCAAAUAUCUCUUCUCUCUCAUCAAGCCGUCACUCCACCACUUUUGUCUGCCAUCGUACCAAUUCUACUUUGCAUUUACAAUCCUCACCAUGGCUGAAGCCAUUCGCUUGAUUGCCAUGCUUAGAGCAUCUGCAACUAGCAGCGCUAACUUUGACAAGCCCCUUCAACUCGAUAACCCGACCUACUCGCUCGAGUCAGAUACCAGAGGUGGCUUGCAACACGUUCUCCAUCUCCUGAGAUCUUCUGCCCCAAGGAACAUCACAAGUGUCCAUCCACACGCUCGGCCUGUUGAGACUACCAGUGACCUUCUGAACGACCUUGCCAUUGCCACCUGCAAACGAAUCUUUGCAGCCUGUCUAGACGUCAACAAGCUCCAGAUCAUUGCUCUCAGCAUUUCCACGUCGCCUUCCGCUUCCGAAAUGGCUAGCCGCUUUCCGGUGCUCAGCACCUCCGACCUCCCUCCAGCAUCAGCUUCUGAGCAGUCAGCCACCGCAUCGCCAGCACGUGGAUCUGCUAUGCUGAACUCCAUCUUCAAGUCCGUGCGCGUUCCAGAGUUUCGCUUCCGAUGGAUGUUCUGGGCAGAGAAGGGUCAGCAAAGCGGUCCCAAGGACAAGUCGUCACAGUCAGAAGAAUACGCCUCACGGCCGAAGCCGCUCGGAGAACAAAUAAUCAGCGUCAAGGAGUUCUACCAGCACUUCAACAACAUCCCAGUUGAGAGUCUCAAGCUACGAGACUCGAUUCAUCUAUUCCACUUGGGUGUCAAGCCAGUGUGGGAAGACCCCCGAAACGCAAAAGGAGGCGCGUGGUACUUCAAGGUCACCAAGGAAGUUGCGCCGCAGUUUUGGCAUGAGCUCUGCUUGCUUGCAGUUGGUGACGUUUUGCAGGGCGCCGUUGAGACCAAACGUGCUUCAUUCAACGAUGACAUUUGCGGCCUCUCGUACUCGGUCCGCUGGAACGCGGUUCAGAUCGCUGUUUGGAACCGCGAUGCAGACAACGAGACAGGACGAGAGAAGCUGCUCAAGGUCAUCCUAGAGAAGCUAUCGCCCGAGCUUCAGCCCAAGAAGGAGGACAGCUACUGGUACAAGGCGCACAACGAGCACAAGGGUUUCAUCACCGAGGAGGCGAAGGCUUAAGGUACCCAUCUUCUGACAAUCUGCGUUCAUACAUCUGCUUGGCUUCGUCCAAGGUGCAUACGGAGGACACUCUUCUACCUGAUCAUUACUUGCGAUCACCAUGUCUAUACAUUAGCGGAGCAUAAGCAAUGCAUAUUCCCGACCAAUAAAUCUUUACAGGACUUCUUUUGCACUUAUACUGUCAGUUUUACUGAAUCGAUUUUCUAUAGAGUGUAGUAACAAUAUCACCCGCUCUCAAGUUUCAGAAAAAACAGCAGAUAAGACCCUAACCUUACCAACUUUACAGCAUAC